UUAAUAUUCUUGACACGAAAAAUAAAAUAAAGAAAUUGUAUUUACUUUUUGCAAAGACACGAAUCUCAUCUUUUGUGUUGAGUCUUAAAAAAAAACAGACAUAUCGAAGGUUCUCUGGAAUGGCUUCUAUUUUCAGAACUUCAAUUUCACUUGAUCUACGACCAAAGGUGGCUUGCACGAACCUCUCCAGUAAAGAACGACUUGAGUUUCAGAGCAAGAAUCUGAGAAAAGAGAAGCUCAACGUUAGGUUACGUGGCGUGAAAGCUAAUCAAGCACAAGGGACUAGUGCGGUUACAGAAGAGAAAGAGCUUAACAACAAAACCGAUUAUGGAGUUGUAGGGGUUCACCAUGUGGGUCUGCUGUGUGAAAACCUAGAACGGUCACUUGAGUUUUACCAGAACCUUCUAGGACUUGAGAUCAACGAGGCAAGGCCACACGACAAGCUUCCGUAUAGAGGAGCAUGGUUAUGGGUAGGUGCUGAGAUGAUUCAUUUAAUGGAACUUCCAAAUCCUGAUCCAUUAACUGGUAGACCCGAGCACGGUGGCCGUGAUCGACAUGCCUGUAUCGCAAUCCGCGAUGUUUCAAACCUCAAAGAGAUCUUGGAUAAAGCUGGGAUUGAGUAUACUAUGAGUAAGUCAGGGAGGCCAGCUCUGUUCACUCGUGAUCCAGACGCAAACGCUCUUGAGUUUACUCAAAUUUGAUUCUU